UUGUUUUCAAUGGCUCAUGUGUUACCGCUCUCUUCACCUUGAACCAUAAUGAACUGCGGUAAAGCAGUAGCCGUUCUGGGCGACCAAAUGUUUUUCUUGUUGGUUAAAUCGCGGACUAUCUGCCGCCGGCUCCCGGGCACAGCACCGGUCCUCAGCCGGAGUCAGCACACCGCGGCUGAGCGCGACUCGCCUGGCGGCUCAGACACCGCUGAGAAGCCCCGGCUGAGAGCCAUCGACCUGGCCAGAAAGAUCCGACAGGAGAAGGCGAAGACUCGGAGUGAAACUCGGACACAGGACAGGGAUCCUCCGGUGUCCGGCUCACAGCAGAGAGUGACCGAGCUGAAAAGGUUCACUGCGCAGCUGCAAAACGUCCAUCCGAACGUGCUGGCCAAACAUCUGCACCGAACCGUGCUGUACCGGGAUAAAGAUGUGGUCAUCCUCAACAAACCCUACGGCGUCCCUGUCAGAGAAGAAUCUGGCGUCACGACCAUCACCUCUGUGCUUCCUGUUCUCUGUAAAAUGCUGGACGGGCUGAAAACGAAGACGGACACCGAGCUGCUGCCCUGUCUGGGUCUGGAGAAGGACUCAUCCGGAGCGCUCCUGCUGGCCAGGAGCGAAGCAGUACUGGAGCACAUCCUCUCCCUGAGUAGAAGUAACCAAGUGGAGAGGAAGUAUUGGGUGAUCACAGUUGGUGUUCCUGUUCCCUCUGAAGGGCUGAUCGACAUUCCCAUCAUCGAAAGAGAAGUUACAGGUCCUAAGCCACAUUUCAAGAUGACGCUGAGUCCGCUUUUCAGAAUGAACGAGGCCGGUGACGGCAUGACCAAAGUGCGAAGCCACCGGCAGGCCCACGCUGCAGCCACCAAGUACCGAGUCCUGGACAGCAGCUAUGGCUGCAGCCUGGUCGAGCUCCAGCCUCUCACCGGGGUGAAGCACCAGAUGCGGGUACACAUGGCGUACGCUCUGGCCUGUCCCAUUCUCGGAGAUCACAAAUAUUCCCACUGGAGCAAACUGGCACCGCAGAAAUUACCGGACCGUGUGCUGAAAAAGCUCGGACUGGAGCAGAGCAAGAGCCGGUACCUGCCUCUUCAUCUGCACGCGCGCCAGCUGGCGCUGCCGGGUCGCAGCCAGUCCGAUGUCGCCGUGUCCUGCCCCAUGCCCAAGUACUUCAUAAAAACACUGAACAGACUGCAGCUGACGUUCCCAGAGGACAAAAAUGAUGAAUAACCCCUCUGUGUCUGCAGAAAGCUGGGUUAUACUGAGAGGCUGCUGAAUGAAGGAGAAACAACCAUUUAAAUUAAAUGUGGACUUUUACAUCAAUACUGACCUGAGUUUAGGUUUAUAAGAGUUCGAUGGAGCGCAAAAGGAGUUUGUUUUGUGGAAAAUGGUGGCAUUGCAGCCUUGUUACUGUACAGACCUAUAUAAUGUCUUCAUAUUAAAGUGCAUUAUUUGACACGAGUCACGA